UCCGAAUAGGUUGAGCCUUCUGAUACUAUAGAAAAUGUAAAAGCUAAGAUCCAGGACAAGGAAGGCAUUCCUCCUGAUCAGCAGCGACUGAUUUUCGCUGGCAAGCAGCUGGAAGAUGGACGCACGCUGUCCGACUACAACAUUCAAAAAGAAUCAACCCUUCACCUUGUGCUGAGACUUCGUGGCGGUGCCAAGAAGAGGAAGAAGAAGUCUUACACUACCCCCAAGAAGAACAAGCAUAAGAGAAAGAAGGUUAAGCUUGCAGUGCUGAAGUACUACAAGGUGGAUGAGAACGGCAAGAUCAGCCGUCUGCGCCGGGAGUGCCCCUCUGAGGAGUGCGGAGCUGGAGUCUUCAUGGCUAGUCACUUCGACAGACACUACUGUGGCAAGUGCUGUCUGACAUACUGCUUCAAUAAACCAGAAGACAAGUAAAUGUAGCAGGCAAUAAAAAUCUGAAGUUCUGUACA